AUGGUAGCGCAUGUCCGACUAGGAAUGAGUAGGAGAGGGAGGAGUGGGAGAGAGGAGGAGGAGAAAGAAGAAGAGGAGAAGAGGAGAAGCAAGUAUGAGGAUAGGAAGCUUGAUGACAACACUGAGGGUCAAGUGCACCAGCUCGACCUCGUGUUUCAGGCCCACAAGAUGCGUUUGGGAAUCAGUAUCUUACUUGCAUUCUGUGUGAGCGGAACAGCGGCGACAGAAUGGCGCAAUGGCGAUCAUCAGCUUGGGUUCUGUUCGAGCACGGCGCUGCGUCAUGGACAAGGGAGCAGGCAUGCGGCUCUCUCUACAUGCAGGCAUGCAGCGCCCCACGGGUCGACGAGCAUCGGGAGACAGUCAGAUGAGUUUGGAGACAUUACCAAGUUCCUGAAGGCUCCUCGACCAGGGCAGGAGCUCGCGGGUGACCGGGCGGAGGUUGUGAUGGGGUCAGGGUUUGGGUUCUCGGAGCAGCUCUCCGAAGCUGUCGAGCAGGCGAUGCAGAACGCGACCAAGACCUGGAGGAAGAACAGUGAAGGCCUUCCUGCUGUGCCCUCCCUCGCCAUCGUCUUCUUCACCUCUGACUACGCUCGAGACGGGAUCGGAAGAGUUCUUCCCUGUGUUCUGAGGAGCUUCGCCAUGUUUGGAGGGAAGCAGUGGAAGGACGGAGUGAAUGUGGUGGGAGGGACUGUGGCUGGGUUCGAGGGGCAUGAAGGCAAGGGAGGAGUGAGCAUAACGCUGAUACAGGGAGAGAACCUGAGAGUCGUUCCUUUCAACGUUGGUAAUGAAGCCUCUCAGUGGACGUCUGCAGCUUCUGGAGCAGAAUGGGCGUUCAAAGGCGGUUUGAAGGGGAUUUACGACUCUCACUCCCUCAACAUGGUGAUGUUUGGCCAUCAAUCAUCGCAAGGAGCGCUAGAGAAGGUGAUCGACGUGUUCGACGACUCCUAUCCUCUUGCCAACAAGAUCGGAGGCGUUGCUGGAGGAUUGGGUUCUGCUGAGGACAGAGGAGAAUGGAUGACCGGUGUCGUCGGCAGAUGUUUGAUCUUCAACAAGGGGGUCGGGGUCCUGAACAAGAAGGGAGAGCUUCUGUUUGGAGAGGACAAGAACGCGGCAAAGUACUCAACUAGCGACGAAAUCUUCUCUAGCGGAGCAUCGUGGAGGAGGGAUGGGAUAGUAGGAGCGGUCCUUGAGGGGCUGAACAUGGAUGUUUGCGCUCUCAACGACCAAACUGAGUCUACCGAAGUGACCAUCGCAAGAAUAUCAGCUGUGAAAUCUGUACAAAAGGAAGAGAACAUGCUGCCGGUCGGAGGGCUGGUGUUGUGUGAUGAGACGUUUAAGGAAUCGAAAGUAGACAAGGGCGGCGAGGCUUCUUGCUUCAAGAUGUUGAAAUCCGCUCUCAAGGUCCCCGUCGGGUCUGCGAUCAUGGAGAAGGUGAUCACCUCGGAUCACGACAAGGAUGUGCUGGGCAAGGCUUCGCUAGAAACCAACUCGGCCACUCUCAUCUCGCUGUAUGCUCGGGAGGAGCAGAUCCGAAAUCUCCUCUCGGACGAGGAGUUAGCAGAGGCCGAUGAGAUCUACGGAAAUACGAUCGUGAAUAGCAAUGGCGAUGUUUUGGAGAUACCUAAGUUUGUUGGGAAACCAAAGAAGAGUGGGAAGCGAAAGAGGAAUUAA